AUGGCCGAGGCCGGCCCUUCCUCCGGCCAGGACAUACCUUCAGUCGAAAUGGAAGAUCUGCCUAUGGGUACGUCAAGUGCUUCGAGCACAAUCUCCUACUACGAGAGCAUCUCUGACGAUCCCGGUGACGAUUCCGACCCAUAUAACCUGGUCCAGAGUCGCAAAAAACGCAAAGCUUCCAGCAGCUCCGAGACAAGUAAUAAGACCGUCAGAAACACGAAACAAGAACAUCCCCACCUUGUAGUGGUACUGAAGCCAAAAGAUCCAUCCAAAAUAAUCGCCACAAUCAAUCCGCUGAAAAUCACCGAGAAGCUAGAGAUGACUGCCCCAGAUGGAAUCAUCCUUGUCAGGCCAAACCGAAGGCUGAAUCUACUUGCUAUAGACACGAGAAACAGAGAUGCGACAAAAGCUUUGCUUGCACUGACCACCAUCGGAGGCAUCCCUGUCCAGGCCUACGAGCCUUUUCCCCGUGAAUCGGCCAUCGGAGUUCUAUACGGAGUACCGUCAGACAUAAAUGACACGGAACUUCAGGUGGCUAUACGAGCUACGGCGCCUGUUAUCUCCGUUCGUCGGCUAGGCACGUCCCAAGUUGUUAAGGUUGUCCUCAACACAGACAUUUUGCCGGAAUACAUCACGAUUGGAUAUACAAGAUACAGGAUGGAACCGUUUGUAGAGAAACCUCGCCAAUGCUCGAAAUGCAAUGGGUUUGGACACAUUCGAACCGCGUGCACGAAAGAGUCACGUUGCACACGCUGUGGAGGACCACAUGAACGCACCGGCUGCAAUGCAGACAACCCCCUCUGCACGAACUGCGGCAAAGCUCAUGACUCGACAUCUCAUAUUUGUCCGGCAUACCAAAGAGAACAAAAGAUAUACAAGUACAAGAGCCAAGCUAAAGUUGGCUAUGCGUCCGCGAAAGCGGCGCUGCUCGCAUCGAAAGAACAACUGGCAGAAGAGACCCCUAAAACGACUGCGUCAAAGGAAAACAAACCAUCUGCAGCUCAAGAGCUCCCAACGAGCGAAGACUCCUCAUCAUCCAAGCAGUCCAACCUGAGACACCUGCAGAAAUACGCGAAGAAAAACACGAGUAAUCCCCCAAUCAAGUGGAACAGUGAAGAUGAAUUUCCAACUCUUCCCACACAAGUUGCAAAAUCCACUGAUAAAUCAGAAGGAGAAACCAAACGACCCGAAAAGAAGUCUACACGACAGCAACCACCAAUGUCUGAGGUCAAGAUUCAGACAGUUGUCAAUGUCAUCCGCAAUCUUCUUUGCUCUUGGGAUUCGCCUAUAGCCAAAGCGCUUAUUACGUUGAUUGAUGCUGUCCUUCAAUUCGUGAUGCUCUGGUGUCACUAG